UUUAUGGAAAGUAGGCGGUCAUGGGAUAAGAGGGAAGGUCCUCUCAGGGAUUGGUAGCUAGUUAAAAUAUAGGAAACAAAGGAUAGGAAUAAAUGGUCAGUUUUCAGAAUGGAGAGAAAUAAAUAGUGGUAUCCCUCAGGGGUCUGUACUGGGACCAGUCCUGUGCAUAUUCAUAAAUGAUCUGGAAAAAUAGUAAACAGUGAGGUGACAAAAUUUGCAGAUGAUACAAAACUACUCAAGAUACUUAAGUCUCAGGCAGACUGCAAAGAGCUAUAAAAAUCUCUAAUAACUGGUUGACUAGGCAACAAAAUGGCCGAUGAAAUUCAAUGUUGAUAAAUGCAAAAUAAUGCACAUUGGAAAACAUAAUCCCAACUAUACAUUUAAAAUGAUGGGGUCGAAAUUAGCUGUUACUACUCAAGAAAGAAAUCUUGGAGUCACUGUGGAUAGUUCGCUGAAGACAUCACCUCAAUGUGCAGAGGCAGUCAAAAAUGUGAACAGAAUGUUGGGAAUCAUUAAAAAAGGAAUAGAUAAGACGACAGAAAAUAUAUUCCCUCUAUAUAAAUCAAUGGUAUGCCCACAUCUUAUAUACUGCAUGCAGAUGUGGUCACUCCAUCUCAAAACAGAUAUAUUGUACUUGAAAAAGGUUCAAAAAAGGGAAACAAAAGUGAUUUGGGGUAUGGAACAGCUGCCAUAUGAGGAGAAAUUAACAAGACUGGGACAUUUCAGCUUAGAAAUGACAUAACUGGGGGGGGGGGAUAUGGAAGAGGUUUAUAAAGUAAAUGAGGAAAUGUUUACUCCUCAUAACACAAGAACUAAGGGCCACCAAAUGAAAUUAAUAGGCAGCAAGUUAAAACAAACAAAAUCAAGUAUUUUUCACACAAUGCACAGUCAACCUGUGGAACUCCUUGCCAGAGUAUGUUGUGAAGGCCAAGACUAUAACAGGGUUGAAAAAAAUAAAUAGAUAAAUUCAUGACGGACAGGUCCAUCAAUGACUAUUAGCCAGGAUGGGCAAGGAUGGUGUCCCUUGUCUCUGUUUGCCAGAAGCUGGGAAUGGGUGACAGGGCAUGGAUCACUUGAUGAUUACCUGUUCUGUUCAUUCCCUCUGGAGCACAUUGGCCACUUUCAGAAGUGUCAUUGGCCACUUUCAGAAGACAAGAUACUGGGCUAGAUGGACCUUUUGUCUGACCCAGUGCGGCUGUCCUUAUGUUAAUCAAGAGUAUUAGCCUUUCUUCACUGAAGUAAAAAACUACAUGGGCCUUGUCUCCACUAAGAUUUUAAAGAGAUUUCUCACUGUAAAUUACACUUUUUCUGGCUGGGAAGACAUAGCUUUUUAAGGUUUCAUGAGCAAACUAUGCUGAGUAAAAGUACAGGGCAUCUCCCUCUUUGACUGUUUCCACUAGUAAAAAAAAAAAAAAGUAUUUUUCAAUAUAGAGCUCCUCAUUGUAAAAGGCACACCUUUUUACUGGUGAAGACACAGCAUGGAAGUACAUCUACACAGUUAACUCAUACCCAUUUAGACAUAUGCUAACUAGUUAAUGUUCAUAGAAUCAUAGACUAUUAGGGUGUAAGGGACCUCAGGAGAUCAUCUAGUCUGACCCCCUGCUCAAAGGAGGACCAGUCCCCAGAGAGAAUUUUGCCCCCAAUUCCUAAAUGGCCCCCUCAAGGAUUGAACUCACAACCCUGAGUUUAGCAGGCCAAUGCGCAAACUACUGAGCUAAUCCCCCCUCAAAGGAAGAACUGAAUUCAAGGAGAGUCCUCAAGAGACGCCUUCUGAAGUUGUUUGGGGAUAUCACAAGGGACAAUGUUGCCAGCAAGAGUCCAAUAGCAGUGAAGCCAUGACAACACAGGUUUCAGUGCAGGCCAGCUGUUUCAGUAACUAGUACCAAGCAUCCCUGGUAGGCUUACACUGUCUACACUGAAGACUGUGCUGCUCCAGCUUCACUGCUACUGGUAUGCCUGUUAGGGCUGGUCUACGCAUAAAACGCUGCUGUGCUUCAGUGAAGACACUACCUACAUAGACAGGAGGGGUUCUUCCAUUGGCAUAGGUAAUUCACCUCCCCCCAGAGGCAGUAGCUAGAUCAAUGGAAGAAUUUUCGCAUCAACCUAGCACUGUCUACACUGGCGGUUAGUUCAAGUUUAACUGUCACUCACAGGUGUGGAUUUUUCACACUCCUGAGAUGCAGUUAUACUGACCUAAUUUCCUAGUGUAGACCAGCCCCGUAGACUAAAGGUAUCUUGACUAUGCCUACUCAUGCUGCAGUCACACCUCUGAUUGCUAUGUAGGCACAACAGGAAAGCUUUGGGAUGCAUCCACAUUGGCCUUUACAAACCCAUAGCCCACCUUAAGUUCAUAGGCAACCAGUUAUCUCGAAGUAGAAGAGUACACACAAACCUUACAGGUUAGGAGGUAAACCAUAACUGCUCACAGUACCAGUCUGGGAUAAAGGGUUUCUCCUCACAGCAAGGUGCUAAGGGUGAUCUUCACAUCUAGGAAGUCUCCUUAGAUGCUCUCCCUGCCACAACAGUAAUUGGGGGAAUGAAUGCAUCUGCCCACCCUCAACCAAACAACAAAUGGGGAGGGGGACACACACAGCUUUCCACAGUCUGAGCCACCUCUCCAGCAGCAUGUGUGCGCUGGAAGCAUCGCAUACCACACUGCGUGCCGCUCCCUCCCCGUCUCCAGCAAGGCCGGGGAGAGGCGGUAGAAGGGGGGCAGGAAAGCGCCUAUUCUGCCCCCUGGUCCGGCUGGAACGUUGGUUUGCUAACGUUCCAUCCAGGCGCUCAGGUAGCCCCUCCCCGCCGCUGCCGUCCCCCGGCCCCGCCCCGCGAGGAGGCUGGAGGAGGGGGCUGUGGCCGGCGUGGGGCUGGGAAGAGGAAGCGGGGAAACGCUCCCAGGCGGCAGCAGCGGCGGGCGGGGUCACGAACUCUGACCUUUCACAGGGGCACGGCACAAAACCAAAACAAACCCCCCCACUAACAAAUAACACUACCCGAGCCCCUCCCCCCUCGGGCCCGUUGCCCAGCACCGCUGCCUAAAAGGCCCGGUUGGACCCGGGGCACCGUCGGGGCACGUUUGGCGCCAAAGCCUGAGGUUCUCUAAUGAUCUUGCUUCACCAUGGCAACCAAUAUGGAGGUGCUGGCUCAGCAGAUAGUGGAGACACAGCAGGUGGCUGAGGUACAGACUGUUCAGACAUCAUUAUCUGAAUCUCCAGUGAUGACCAGCCCCUCUCAACGUAUCCAAAUUAUCUCUACAGACUCUUCUGUAGCUUCACCACAGCGCAUUCAGAUUGUGACAGAUCAGCAAACAGGACAGAAAAUCCAGAUAGUUACAGCAGUGGACUCAUCAGUGUCUCCGAAGCAACAGUUUAUCUUGACCAGUCCAGAUGGAACUGGAACAGGAAAGGUGAUAUUGGCAGCACCUGAAACAUCUAAUGCCAAGCAACUUAUCUUUACUACCACUGACAACAUUGUACCAGGCAGAAUUCAGAUUGUGACAGACUCUGCUUCAGUGGAACGUUUGUUGGGUAAAGCUGAUGUCCAGCGACCACAAGUAGUAGAAUAUUGUGUUGUUUGUGGAGAUAAAGCGUCAGGUCGUCACUAUGGCGCUGUCAGUUGCGAGGGAUGCAAAGGUUUCUUUAAAAGGAGUGUAAGGAAGAAUUUGACCUACAGUUGUCGUAGCAACCAGGACUGUAUCAUCAAUAAACACCAUCGGAAUCGUUGCCAGUUUUGUAGGCUUAAGAAGUGCCUAGAGAUGGGCAUGAAAAUGGAAUCUGUUCAGAGUGAAAGAAAGCCCUUUGAUGUGCAACGGGAGAAACCAACCAACUGUGCAGCUUCAACUGAAAAAAUCUAUAUCAGGAAAGACCUAAGAAGCCCUCUCAUAGCAACACCAACAUUUGUAGCAGAUAAAGAUGGUGCCCGGUCAACAGGUCUUCUUGAUCCAGGAAUGCUUGUGAAUAUUCAGCAGCCAUUGAUACGGGAUGAUGGUACAGUCCUGCUAGCUACAGACUCCAAGGCUGAGACAAGUCAGGGUGCUUUAGGAACACUGGCAAAUGUUGUAACAUCCCUUGCCAGCCUCAGUGAGUCACUUAAUAAUGGAGGUACUUCUGAAAUCCAACAAGAGGAUCAAUCUGCAAGCGAGAUCACUCGGGCAUUUGAUACUUUAGCUAAAGCACUUAAUACCACAGAUGGCACAGUAGCUCAGAACUUGGCAGAUGGGAUGGAUCCUACAGGAGGAGGGAAUAUUCACGUAAUCAGCAGAGAUCAGUCAACACCAAUCAUUGAAGUGGAAGGACCCCUGCUUACAGAUACACAUGUCACAUUUAAGCUAACAAUGCCUAGUCCAAUGCCAGAGUACCUUAAUGUACAUUACAUCUGUGAGUCAGCAUCACGACUGCUUUUCCUCUCAAUGCACUGGGCUAGAUCCAUCCCUGCUUUUCAAGCACUUGGACAGGACUGUAACACAAGCCUAGUUCGUGCCUGCUGGAAUGAGCUAUUUACCUUAGGCCUAGCACAGUGUGCCCAGGUGAUGAGUCUAUCUACUAUCCUAGCAGCUAUCGUCAACCACCUGCAGAACAGCAUACAGGAAGAUAAGCUUUCCGGAGACAGAAUAAAGCAAGUCAUGGAACACAUCUGGAAACUUCAGGAGUUCUGUAACAGCAUGGCCAAGCUUGAUAUUGAUGGAUAUGAAUAUGCAUACCUUAAAGCUAUAGUCCUCUUUAGCCCUGAUCACCCUGGUCUGACAAGUUCAAGCCAAAUAGAAAAAUUCCAAGAGAAGGCACAGAUGGAGUUGCAAGACUAUGUCCAAAAAACCUAUCCGGAAGAUACUUAUAGGUUAGCCCGGAUUCUUGUUCGCCUGCCAGCACUUAGACUGAUGAGCUCUAGUAUUACAGAGGAACUUUUUUUUACUGGCCUCAUAGGAAAUGUUCCGAUUGACAGCAUAAUCCCAUACAUCCUCAAAAUGGAAACAGCAGAGUAUAAUGGUCAAAUAACUGGCACAUCUGCAUAGUCGGAACAAUGCAUCUUGAUGGAUCAAAGUAAUUUUAGUUAAACAAGUAACUACACAAUUAAGAGAAAUAAGUUGAAAAAAAUGACUUUUUGGUAUGUACAAAUAUUUCCAACAUGUUACCUGUUUCCUACCAGACUGCUUCUUGACUAUUUAUUUCCAGUGACAAAGUAUAAAAAGCUAUUAAAACACCUCCAACUAGGACCCUUUUCUGCCACAAGGAGUGUUUUGAUGCCUUUCAUUCAAAAGGCUGUAGAUUACUGAACAUACUUUUAACAUGCUUUGUAUUUAGAAAUUAUCAAUGGGCAAAAAUAGAGUUUUAUAAUGUCAGAGAUUAGUAUUAAAAAUUACUAAAAGAAGAACAGUAUGUAUAUAUUUAAAUUUUUCCUUGGAAUUAAUAUCUAAUAAUUACCAGGGUAUAAUGAUGAUAGCACUUUCUAAGCACUUCUUGUCAAAGCGAUAAUGUCAUCAACAUUUUACUUAUGAGCAGGGCAAAUGGAAAAUUGCAUAUGUUUUUGGUCAAAAUGCUAGUAAUUUCUGUGAAGGCUAUAGGAGACAAUCAUUUAUACUACAAAAAAUUGCUAUUAAUAAUGUUAUGCAUUUAAUGGUAAAGUGGAAAUUUAAACCAAAUUUCUACACUAUUAGCACUAAACUCUGCUAAAUUAGUGAAAAUGAGGUUUAUUUGACAUAAUCAUAAUAACUAUAGUAUAAUUAGCAGCAUUAAUAAAUGCUACAAAAAUUGCCCAAAUUGGAAGGCAGAAUACCAAUUUCUUGCCAUAGUAAUAAUGAAACUUUCAGAUUCCUGAAAGUUUCAAUUCCCGCCUGGCAUAGAUGUUUACACAGUUAUGAUAGAUGUUAUUCCAACAGGAUGACUUUUGGUUGUGGGGGAAAUCAAUCAUGGGGGAAAGCAGUCAUUAACUGGCAGGGAUGCAAUCCUUUCAGAUAAAGUCAUGCACUCCUAGGCUCUGUGUAUACUUUUUAUAUUUCCAAAUUCAUUCCUUCUGUCUGCAGCCCUAAAUGACCCUCACCAUCCUAGGAUUCAAAGGGGAUGAUUGUGACUUCGUUAGAGCCCAUAAUGCUGCUGUCAGCUAAGGGAUAAGUGCAGAAUAUGAGAUUCUCUUCCUUUCCCAGGACUGAGCAUCCUGUCUUUGCAGUGCUCCCUACCCUGUUCUGACCCAGUUCUAAAUUGGAGUGUCAGCUGGGUUUUUUAUAUUCAUUCAUGUGCAGUUACAGUUAAUGAUGAUUGUUUGGAGUUAGAAUACUAACAAUCUUUGUUUUUAUCUUGGGUUGUAACCUAUCAAGUUGUUUUAUAGGAUUCACCUGUUCUUGAUAAUAUUGCAUUUAUUUUAGUAUAAUUUAUUAAUAUUAACACUGAAUAUUUUAAACAAUCAAAAUUCAUAAAAAAGGAUUUUGUCAGAAGAGUUAUAGCUGCAUUAAGCUGAUUCUUGCUUUUUACAUACAUUCAUUAAUUACUUUAAUGAAUUUACAUGGCAGUGUCAUUUUCUACUUGUGUGUGAUAAAAAUAUAAAUAAUGAAUUCA